AUUAUAGUAAUUAAUAACUUUACUUAUCUUACUAAAAAUAUAUUAGUAUUAUAUUUUAUAAGCUAUAGAUUUAAUAGCUAUUAUUCUCUAAUACUUUAUUUAUUUAUUAAGGUAAUAGGUAAGUUUCUUAUAGAGGCUAGAGAAAAGCCUUAA